CGACAGCACCGAAACGAGUAUAGAAAAACAAUCGAUCCAGCUACCUUCUUUUGACUCUCAACUAUCCUUGUCUUCCGGAUGGUCAUGAAUGCUCUGAAGACAUCUGUGAAGUGGCAUUUCUUCUUCUCCAACAAACUCUGUACGGAUGUGUCUCACUGGGCUACGGAGGGCUCUUCGACUUCUUCAACUAUUAUCAAGCUGAGCAGUCUUUCUCAUGCCGGACCCUAGAAACGCACCUAAUUCCACGCUAUAAUGGAGGGCGAGUUUUUUUUUUAUCUAUUGAAAACAAAUAUUGAGCUACUCAUUCAACUAAUCUAAUCUCACCGACAUUUAGCCUCUGUUAAUCCUGUUUAAAAAGUAUCUAUCCAUUUGUUUUCCCUUUAAUUUGAUUCACUGCAAUUUUUAAAAGUAAAUAAUGAUAUCUUGUUAAUUAUUAAAUAAAAUAAAAAAUAGAAAAAUCUCCCCUCCCUGUCCCUGCCAUUAGCUCCCAAAACACAAAAUCAUCGUAAGAAAGAAACAAGACAUAUUUUCCUCUCCUUUUUCUCCUUGUGGACUGCAGAGGUCGUUGGCGCUGUGGCGUACUUUAUAGAUUUUCUUUUCCUUUUGGGGUUGCUGCUGCAGAUCUUUCUCUUCACUUGUACUGAAGGAAUUAUAGUUCAUAGCAACUCACGAAACAAGAGUUUCAUCAAAUCCCCCCUUUCAAAGCUUCAAUGAUAGACAAAGAGAGCAUUCGUUUUUUUAGUUUAGAUGACCAUGACACUGCUCCUGGUUUCAGAGGAAUUUCAUGCCCGCUAUCACUUUCUGGAAAUGGUGUUAUCAGGCAUAUCUCCAUCUGCACUUGUUUGCCAUUUCCAAAUGCAUAACUAUGUGAACCGACUGCCCUUGAGAUUCUUGAGAAUUGACUUCACUGCUGACUAGUGUUAUUUGCCAUUCUGGUUCGCUGAAGAUAUAGCAUCCUUGAUUCCUAGCUUGUUGCUUCCUAGUUGUCAACAGCCAAUUUUUUGGGUUUUAUUUUUUAAGCACAAAGAUGGGUGCCUUCUGCUGCUGUCCAUGCAGUGAUGAACAUGAAGAACAUGCUUACUCGGGCAAUUCAAUAUACAGGCACUGCGUUUGCCUAAGAUUCCUUUUCCACCAGUUACGCAGUGGGUAUGGUACAGUGUUUCACAGACUUGAAGGUAGGACUGUCUCGCCAACCCAAGAAGGUACUUCUUUGGCAUCAACUGGAGUUGGCACAGGAUUACCAGAUGGUUCUGAAAAUGACACUCAACUCUCGUCAUCCAGGCCACUCCCUUAUGAUACUGAUCAGAGGUAUGCUCGUUUGCAGCGUUAUGGUUUAGUCUCUAGGAAGUCGAUGACUCACUUCCAAGAAGAAUCACAACCACUGAGAAGAAAUAUGAGCAGUUCUGCUGUGGAAUCAUUGGGCUUUGGAAGAAGAAGAAACGGGAUUGAUUCUGAAGAUGACAAUAAACUUGGCUAUUCAGAGUUGUCAGACAAAUCUUUGGCAACAAAAGUUGCAUACAGGCUAACUUAUGCGCAACCAUCUUCUGAAGAUGAAGAUGCCUGCCCUACCUGUCUUGAUGAGUACACCCCAGAAAAUCCUAAAAUUACAACUCGAUGCUCUCACCAUUUUCACCUUGGCUGCAUUUAUGAAUGGUUGGAAAGAAGUGAAAGUUGUCCAAUAUGUGGCAAGGAAAUGGAGUUUUGUGAAAGCCCUUAAGUUGGUGUGCAUCAGAUUCACCGUCAAUGGAGGAAGAGCUGGCUGGAGUGUAAAUAAAAGCUCCCCGAGCUUUAUGUAAAAGAGGCUUGCAUAGAUUUCUCAAAAGAAAAAAAGAAGGUUUUUGCAUAAAACAAUUUUUCAUUUUCUCUACUUACACUACCUUGUAAUUUCCUACUGUACUUGAUUGUCAAAUGCUCGUUGCUUUUCGUGUAUAUUCUACUGAUCAGUGUAUAGCUUGUAUAAACUGAUUCAUAAACAUUAUGCCGAUUCAUACAAGGCACAGCCUAAGUACUGCUGAUAUUAUUA